UCGAAUACCGGGAGCAGUUCGAUGAGCUCGGGCGAGCUGGUGAGCACUCUGCCUCGCGGGCUUUCCUCCCCGUCGACGGCGAGCUUGCAGCUCAAAGCGACCGAGCCCAUGAGCAUAAUCGAGUUGACCGGGAAGAGCAGUAGCGCCCCACUUUUGGACAACAACACCGGCGUGCCCGAGAUAAGCGUCGCCGAGGAGCCGAGCCGACAACAGCCUCGUUCGCAGUCCGAGCGACAACUAUCAGAAAUCGAAGCUCAGGAAGCGUGCAAGUGGCUGAGAGCUGCCGGCUUCCCUCAGUAUGCUCAGAUGUACGAAGAUUAUCAGUUUCCUAUUGAUGUAACCGGCGUAGCCAAGGAUCAUCCGUUUCUCGAGGCCGAUUCGCUACAAAGUCUCUUCCGUAGGCUUCAUGCUCUUAAUCGUUGUGCUAACAUGAAAUUGGAUACUCAUCAUCAUCAUCAUCAUCAUCAUCAUACUCACCACAAUACAAGCCACGGCAAAAGCGGAAGUGGCGGUAACACGGGUGGUGACGACUCCGAUGAGGACACUCAGUGCGCGCUGAGUGAGAACUGGACGUUCGAGAAGAAGACGCGUCGGUGGUCACGUAUCUGCGACAUCACGGCCGGCAACGUCGAGCGGCUACAGGCGAUAGCCGGGCAGCAGCGCACUGCCGGGGCGGAGGACGACGUUCUGGAUGACCGUCUGGAGCAGGAGGAGGCCGAGGACACGAUGCUCGAUACGCUUCGUUACAGAAGCCUGCCGACGGGCCCCCUACCCGACGACAUGGGUCCGCGGUUCCGGCGCACGGGUUCCGAGCGACUGCGCGAUGGAGCCAAGGCCUUCCUCCGGCGCAUGGAGUCGCUCAAGUCCCGAAGGAGGAAGCAGCAGCACCAUCAUAAUCGAGACGGCGUAGUCAUCAGCGGACCCCAGGUCCUCGAUGUGCUAUCCAUGCAGCAGAAGAUGAAGGACUUGAAUUGCGUGGACGUCUCACCGACGGAGGGCUCGCCACCCAUUUCCUUCGCCGAUCUCUUACCACCGUCGCCUCUUCAGCUACCGCCCUCGCCCCUCACCUUACCAGCCUCGCCUUUCCACUUGCCACCAUCGCCUUUGGCCAAUGCUUCCAGCCCAUUUGGAGACGAUUCGUCGAGCUACUGCUCGGACGGCUCGCAGGGCGGCGGUCCAACCCCGACCCCCACCAGGACGAAGAUGAAUCGUGCCAGGAGGUUUUUACAUCGCGGUGCUCGCGAGGAUCAGGGUGCCUUGAGCGAUUCCGAGUGCCAGCCCACCAGUUGGCGGCAUCGUUACUUUAAGGAUGCCAAUAGUAAUAACGCUAAGGUUCUGGAGUACGUGACGUCGAGUCCCAAGGAUUCACCCACAAAGACCAAUAAUAUCGUCGCUAGCGGUGCGAUUAACACACGUGGAGGAAGUCUAAAUCUUGGAAAGGAAUCGCACCGGUAUCGCGACAAGUUCUCGGUGACGAGCCACAAGGAAGACAAGGUGAGCGUUUUGAAGCGCGAGGAGAAGUUCCACAAAAGCUUUCGACACCACAGAAGUACGGAGCGCGAGCGUGGAACCGAGGAGCCCGUGAGAACGGAGAAGACCAUUACGAAAGACGUGACCGUAUAUCGAGCGGAUAAGUCAAGGACACGCCAUCAGCCGGUGAACGAAACUGCCGGGAGCCAAGAGAGCAGUUCGACCGUGGCCAGCCGCGACUCCGACCAGGAGGAGGAUUCGCCGAGGCACAAGGGCAACGUCGUCAGGUGGCACAGCUUCCAAAGGGGUUCGCUUUAUCCUGAACCGCGGGAUCCGCUAUGCCCGAGGGCCAUGGCCUCGAUGUCUUGCGGCCAACUGCUCGUGCUGAGAAAGUUGGCUCUGCUUAAGCUGACAGCCUGCAUGGAGCGUUAUUGCCCGACGCACCGCACCGGCUGGAACUGGGAGCUGCCCAAGUUCAUUAGGAAGAUCAAGACGCCGGACUACAAGGACAAAACGGUUUUUGGUGUCCCGCUGCUGCUCUCCUUGCAGCGCACCGGCCAAGCCCUACCCAAGUGCAUUCAGAUAGCCUUGAGAUGGCUGAGAGCCAAUGCCUUGGAUCAGGUGGGCAUAUUCAGGAAAAGUGGCGUUCGAUCGCGCAUCCAGAAGCUCAAGGCUAUGACCGAGGUCCAGGGUGACAAUAUUAACUUCGACGGUCAGCAGGCGUUCGACGUGGCCGAUCUUGUGAAGCAAUACUUCAGGGAGUUGCCCGAAGCGCUGCUCACUAACAAAUUAUCCGAGACCUUCAUCGCUAUAUUUCAACACGUGCCGGUGGACCUCCGACCUGACGCUGUCCAAUGCAUUCUCCUGCUACUACCGGACGAGCAUCGCGAGGCCUUGGAGACUCUCCUCGACUUCCUUAAUCACGUGGCCAGCAACUCGCCCUAUAAUCAAAUGACGGCAUCGAAUCUGGCGGUCUGUUUGGCGCCCAGCCUCUUCCACUUUAAUCACAGUAACGCGAACGUGUCGAGCAACAGGUCGAACAGCGUGUCGCCACGCAGAAGGAAGACGGUUGGCAUUCCAGAUCAGCGCGAGCUCUCGGAGAAUAAAGCGGCUCACGACUGCCUUCUAUACCUUAUUAAGACGCAUCGUGAGCUAUUUAUGGUAUCCUCAGAUAUGCUGACGCAAUGUCACUUCAAUUAUAUGGAAGAGAGUGUUCCAGUCCCGUUGGAAGAACUUGGAUCGGAGCUCAAACAGGAUUGGAGGGGAUAUUUGUAUGCCUGUACCACGGCUCUGCUCAAGGAAGGUCGCGAAAAAAGCCGCGGUUGGGUGUCGGUCAACAAUCCGGCCGACGUCAGCGUCGACAUGGCGUACAAGAAGGUCGGUGACGGUCAUCCCUUGAGGCUUUGGCGUGUGACGACGGAGGUGGAAGCACCCCCGGAGGAGCUGCUCCAUCGUGUGCUGCGCGAACGUCACAUUUGGGAUCCGCAGCUGCUGAAGUACAGACAGGUGGCGAAGCUCGAGGCGAGCGCCGAGGUCUUCCAGUACGCUACUGGAAAUAUGAGUCCCCUGCCGGCCAGGGACUACUGCGUCCUUAGGUCCUGGCAAACCGAUCUCCCGAAGAAGGCGUGCGUCAUAGUGGAGACGUCCGUGGAGCACCCGGAUGCCCCGGUGAUGCUCGGGGGCACCCGUGGCAUCGUCCUGGCCUCGCGCUAUCUCAUCGAGCACUGCGGAAGCGGAAGGUCGCGUAUCAUGCAUCUCUCCAGAGUCGACACAAAGGGUCGUACACCGGAGUGGUACAACAAGAGCUACGGCCACAUCGCCGCCCUCCACCUCAGCAAGAUCCGAAGCUCGUUCAAGCACAUGACCGAUGGCCCCGAGAGCAAAGUCUGAGAUAAGGCCGCCGCGCAGCCGACGCAGCUGCGCGGUCAGCAGCGCCAGCAGCCGAACCCCGUCGCGGCCGCCCUCGCCACGGCCAUCGACCAGAUGUGCGAGGUGCAGACGAGUCAGGAUCACCGGUUCCUGCGCGCCCCGGAUGAGCCUUGAGUCCCGGGUGCGUCGGCCAGGCGCUUCUAAUGCCGGGCAGUUGGUGAACGUCAGGAUAAUACUCGAGAGCUGAAGUGCGCGGGGUCUCUCAUCUGCUUCUUUAGGUUUUCUUCCUCCUCCUCCUCCUCCUCCUCCU